AAAGCAAAAGAGAAGUCUGCGAUAGGGAGGACAGGGACAAGGGCGUCUUCAACGACGUCUGCGACUUCGUCUCUCUCUCUCUCUCUCUCUCUCUCUCUCUCUAUUAAGCUUCUGCAGGCAUACCACCGAAAAACAGAGUCCGGUCACCGAUCGAUGGGCUUGCCGCUCAUGCUUCUCCCUUUGGUGAUCAUCUUAUCCUUGUUCGGGGGUGGAGCACCAGACGACCUCGCCUCCGACCGCGCCGCGCUCCUCGCCUUCCGCGCCGCCGUCUCCGGCGCCACGCGGCGGUGGAACGCCUCCGACCUCUCGCCUUGCUCGUGGCACGGGGUGACCUGCGCCGCUGGUCGCGUCUCCGAGCUUCGUCUCCCAGGAUCCUCCCUUCUUGGCCGGAUCCCGCCGGGAACUCUCGGUAACCUUACUGCGCUCCGCACACUGAGUCUUCGUUACAACCUCAUUUCCGGCACCCUCCCGCCGGACUUCGCCGCCCUCGCCAGCCUCCGCUACCUUUACUUACAAGACAACCGCCUCUCCGGUGAGAUUCCCACCGUCGUGUUCGCCCUCCGCCAGCUUGGCCGCCUCAACCUCGCCGAUAACUCCCUCGUCGGCGCGAUCCUCCCGGCGUUCAACAACCUCACCCGCCUCUCCACGCUGCUUCUCGAGCGUAACCGGCUCUCCGGAGAGAUCCCCGACCUCCGACUCCCGAACCUCCUCCAAUUCAACGUGUCCUUCAACCAGCUCAAUGGCUCCAUACCCGCGAGACUCCGCAGCCUUCCGGCGAGCUCCUUCAGCGGAAACUCUCUCUGCGGGGGCCCCCUCGGCCCCUGCGCCGGCGUGCACUCUCCGUCUCCGGCGCCAUCUUCAUCGAGCCCCAACGGCGGCAUCGACAGUAACGGAGGGAGCAAGAAGCUCUCCGCCGGCGCGAUCGCCGGGAUCGCGAUCGGCUCCGCCGUCGGCUUCUUGGCUCUUCUCCUCUUCCUGGUCCCCUGUUACCGGAAGAAGAGAAAUGGCGAGGCUGAGUCAAAGGCGGGCGGGAGCAUGGGACCGGAGGCGGAGAUGGCGCUGAGGGGCAAGCGAGAGGUGGCGGACAACGCGGGAGGGACAGCGGCGGCGGUGGCCGGAGGGGCAAGCGGGGGUGGCAAGAAGCUGGUCUUCGUAGGCAAGGUUCAGAGAAUAUACGACCUAGAGGACCUGCUGCGGGCGUCGGCAGAGGUCCUCGGGAAGGGUACGUCCGGGACGACGUACAAGGCGAUGCUGGAGAUGGGGAUGGUGGUGGCAGUGAAGCGCCUCCGGGACGUCAACCUCCCCGAGAAGGAGUUCCGCGAUCGGAUGGAGGUAAUCGGCGCCAUGGACCACCCCAACUCGGUGACCCUGCAGGCUUACUACUACAGCAAGGAUGAGAAACUUUUGGUCUACGAGUUCGUGCCCAACGGAAGCCUCUCUUCCGUCCUUCAUGGAAACAAAUCAUCCGGUCGCACCCCUCUCGACUGGAAGACGAGAUUGGAGAUUGCUCUUGGAGCAGCCCGAGGCAUCGAGUAUAUCCACUUGAAAAGCUCUGGCCUCUCCCAUGGCAACAUUAAGUCAUCCAACAUCGUUCUCGCCAAAUUCAACGAAGCUCUUGUCUCAGACUUCGGCUUAAACAGUCUCGGGUCAACUCCAAUGCCAAGUCAACGCGCCGCCGGCUAUCGUGCACCAGAGGUCACCGACAUCCGAAGGGUCUCCCAGAAGGCUGAUGUAUACAGCUUCGGCGUGCUCCUCAUGGAGCUACUCACAGGGAAGCCACCGACGCAGGCGCUCAACAACGAGGACGGCGUCGACCUCCCCAGGUGGGUGGAAUCGGUUGUCAGGGAGGAAUGGAACUCCGAGGUGUUCGAUCUUGAAUUGUUGAGGUACCAAAACGUUGAGGAGGCAAUGGUACAGCUGCUGCAGUUGGCCAUUGAUUGUGCUGUACAGUUCCCAGAGAACCGACCUUCGAUGUCUGAGGUUGUGGCUCGGAUUGAAGAGAUCUGCAGAGGUUCGAGCAUGAGAAAUCAGCAGCAAGGUGGCACCAUCAUCGACACUGCUGGUGCCAUAUCAAACAGUGAUUGAGCUUUACAUGAUGAUAAUUGCACUGGUCUUAUCAUCUUAAGGACGUCUUGCCUCCAUGGAAGAAUCAAAGUUUGAUCGUUCUUUUAUUCCUUCUCCCUUUGAGUCCAAACUGUUAUAUGUUGGAUUUUGGCUCUAAAACUCAUGUCAUCAUUUUUUUGAUGUUGAGACUCUUAAUGUUUUAGGUAGAUAUGAUGGUGUGAUUGGUGGCUGCUUGGCCAUUGUUGCAAUUGCAUUCCACUCUUCAUACUAUAUAUAAUAUUGUAGUAGUUUUUUUGUAGUUGUGGUUGAAACUCUCAAUUAAGUAUUCAGUUUGUCUGUGAA